UUUCAAACGUCUGUCAAGGUCUUUAGAUCGGAUGCAACAUAUUUCCAAACAAUUUGCAGGUGAACAAGGAAGGUCAACUUUGUAUAGGCCGGAUAUGACGACCUCGGAAGAAAGUAUGCGAUCGAUAGAAGCAAAAGUCGUGGUUUUGGGAUCUCAAGGGGUCGGCAAAACCAGUGUUGUUAUCCGCUAUGUUGGGGGUAUGUUCAGCAAAGCUGUCAGCCCCACCAUCGGGGCAUCCUUCUUCACCUACAAGAUUGAUUUCUGUGCAUAGGACCUUAGACAGCUAUAGAGUGAAGUUACAAGUAUGGGACACAGCAGGACAGGAGCGCUUUCGUUCAAUGGCACCAAUGUAUUAUCGAAAAGCCAAUGCAGCUAUGCUUGUCUAUGACAUCACCUCACUGGAAAGUUUCUAUGACAUUAAAGACUGGGUCAAAGAACUGAAAAAGAAUGUGGAUACUCCCAUAGUGAUGUGCCUUCUAGGCAACAAAAGUGACCUUGAGAGUGGUCGAAAAGUUAGCACAGCAGAUGCUGCUGAAUAUGCCAAUUCUAUCGAUGCCUUAUUUUUUGAGACAUCAGCUUUAAAGAACACAGGUAUAGAAGACGCCUUCUUACAAGUUUCUCGACAGCUAAUUAAAUUUUAUGAAACAUAUCCUAACUCAGGACUUGGGAUCCUCAGUCCUCAGCAAGAUGUUACGGACAUUUUUUCAUCAAGUUCUGAAAAUGUGAGGCUGCCUACACGGGAGAACCAGCAGAAAACACCAGAGGCUGAAGGCUGUGGCUGCUGAUGUGUAGAAAACUCCAGAAAAGUGGAUCAUGUUCUUCUACCAACAUUUUGUAGGUCAGGUUUGCAUCUGGCUUUGAAUUAAUGGUGUAACCAGCGUGGAACAGAAAAUCUUGCAAAAACACCAUGGACUAUAACACCUACUACUCCCAAACUAUUUUUUAAGCCAGACCACAGAAACUGGUGUUUUAAUCUGCAAAUGUGUGAUCGGUGACACUUGUUAAUUAUGAGAGUUUUGUGUGGAAGAAGUUUAUCAUGUCUUUUCAUGAUUUGUCUGCUUAGAAUUUUCUUCACAUCACGUCAUCGCUUUGUCUGCUGCCUUCUGUGAUAGCAAAACGUAGCAACCAGGGCUCAAGGGUAAUGUAAGGGUGAUGUCUCAUUUUUUUCCUGUAUUUGCCACAGAUGCUCAUUUGUGACAAUUCAUAACAUGUCAAUGCAGGUCAUCGAAGGAUUGAAAAGGACAAUCUUUUGUGUUACACAUGAGGCUGAUAAUGCACCUUCCACUGAUUGCUGACAGAUGCAAAAAUAUUCAGAAAUUUGCUAAAUUAUAAUUAAUUCCAACAGGGGUGACACAUUAAGAGAAUGCUAGUUAGAUUUCCUGAGCAGGAAAAGUCUGGAUAUCUUGAUGUGGUAUGACUUCUGCUCAAGUGAAGUUAGAAAUAAUUUCUACCACUGUGUAAAGAGCAUUGAAAGUGGUGUAUACAUUUGUUCUCUUAUCACUCUACAACUGUGCUGAGCUGAGUAUAAGACUGAGAUUUCAAAACUUGAAUGAGUAUCUCCCACUCUCACAAUCUGCUGUUCUUGAUAUGCUAGCUAUGACGAUUUCUGUGCCCAGAAAAAACGUGUAUGGAUAUGCUUACUUUGAUAAUACUUAUGUGCAACUAUAGUGGUCACUCCGCAUAAAGAACAGCAGUCAGAAUUAUGCUGUUAAUUAACAUUGUCCAGUGAGGUAAGUCAGUAAGGGAGAACUGGGACCAUGUGGCAGUAAUACAUAUCCCUAGACAUCUGUCAUAGUUUUGAGGAGUUUUUGUGUGUGGUGAUUUUUUGGUUCUAUGGUUGCAUCUCAAGAAUGUAGGUUCUUUUUUUUUUCAUAAUAACUUUUAUGAUAAACAGCACUUAAAUAGUGCUUGCAAGCUAAGAGAUUACUAAAAUAGUGCCUAUUUUUAAACAUUGUACUUUUUAGUUUCUUUUAUAUUUUCUGACUUUAUUUGAUUCAUGAUUCUUAAUAAGUUUUAGGAUAAUAUCUAAAUAUUUACUUUAAGGCUAUGUGUAUUACUUAACAGUUGCAAAAUAUUUUAAAUCUCUUUUAAUGUUUUUCUUUGAUAUAUAAUUUUACCAAGGUUAUACUGUCUACACACGGGUUAGCAACAUAAACUCUUUGCUAAAAUAUAACCACUGCGAAAAGCAGUGAGCACAUAUGACAGAUAAUAAUGCCUCAAAAACCAGUGUUGCUUGCAACACAUAAUAAGUGCCAGCAGCCUGUAGGUAUUGGCUUAUAAGAACAAGUUUGGAUUUAAUAACCUGAGCCCAGAACUUUUAUCUGUGAUUGAUAUUAAGGACUUGUAGUUAUUUUCUAAAUUUGUCAGAAUGAUGCAUGCUUUUAUGUGUACAAGUCUCUACUUUCUUACUCACAUAGUGUUCAAAUAGAAAUUCAGAAUGAGACAAUUGUGAUAUCCUUGAACAUUCUUGCGUGUUUGUAUGUUUAUAUAUAGAUCUCCCAUAAAGUCCAUUGGACAAGACAAAGAAAGCAGUGCAAACACUUAAAUGGUUUGGAACACACUGCCAGAGAAAACUUGGCACAUGCAGAAAAUAUAUAUGCAGUCUGGAUUUUAUCGUUCUCCCUCAUUUCUUGAUGGGUUGCAUAAUUAUCACCACAUAUCAUACCAUUGCCUCAUCUUGCUUGCUGUACAGUUGAUCAAAUUUUUAAAAUCAGCAAUAUUCAUUCAAAAUGCAGCCAGUCAAAUAUUAUUCAGUAAAUUUUACAGUGAUUCUGUUUCAUAUGGAUUUGAUUGUUAGCGAAGUGAGCUCUACAUUCUUCUUUCUAAACCUAUAACUGGAAAUAGCCUUCCUUAAUUGUUGGCAAAACAUACACAAGAUAAGUUUUUUUUUCAUGAUGCUGGAAUGAGUUCUAGUUUUCUGUCAUAAUAACCACUUAUUUUGAUAUUAUGUAAAGUGUAUAUACUAAUUAUAGUGAUGUUUUAGAGUGAAUGAAUGGGAUUUUUCUUAAACAGGGACACCACUCCUUCAUUUCAUCCAGCAAUUUAAAAUGAACUAAAAAAUAAGAAAAUUUAACAGAUGACAGUUUUCAUUGCUAAAGCUCCAUUUAAUUAUUAUGCAUUCACGCAGUUUUUAAAAAAAGUAUUUAACUGGUAUGGAUCCACAUUAUAAACGAUUCACCUUCGCAUGGAAUGUACUUACAAAUCCAGAUAAGUUUCCCUCAUUCUAUCACUCUAAAAAAAUGAAAUAUAUGUUACAACAUAAGAAAAUGCUUUUAGGUAACUUGAUGUAGAAAUUCCUAGUACCUCUACUUAUUUUCUUGUAUUUUGUGCCCAUCAGGUCUAGUCAAUUACAAAAAUUUAAAGAUAUGUUUGUUGUAAAUUUAUGUAGUUGUAAACUGAAUUUCAGUUUUGUUAUUAUUUUUUAGUGCUUGGAAGUUCUGUUUAUUGGUUUAUUUUCUUGUAUUGCUUAUAUUUGCAAAGUAUGAUUUUGUUGUAUGCCUGUAUGUUAUGCAGGUUUUUUUCCCUUGCACCAAGCAUUUUAGUCAUCUCAAACUUCUUGUCUGCCAGUUGUGUCCUGUCUUUUUUUUCUUCUUUAAAUCAGAUGGAUCAAUAUAUGAUACCUUGAUCUAUAUUUGUAUGUGCGGGAGUAGUAUUGUGGUGCUGGUUAGUUUGUAAAUAAUGAGGGUUGCGCUGAAUAUUUCCUGGAAAAUGCAAUAUUUUCUUUUAAGCUUUUUUUUUUUAAAAAAUAAAGUUUCUGCAAGCUACUAGGGAUCUAUUGCCAACAGAUGUAAGUAAAAUUUUUGAAGCUGAAGCUUGUGUGCAUGCCAGGUAUCUCAUCUGAAAGGGCAUGAGUCACAACAAGUUCCCAUUUUUAAGGCCAGCAAAAAACAAAAACAAACAGAAACAGGAAUAACCAAUGUUUUUGUGAACUUAUUUUAGUCCUCUUUUUUUUUCUGCAGGCAUCUAGCUUUUAAGUUUUACAGACUAUGUGAACUGUACAACUGAAAGAAGAAAAGCAGGUUUGCAUUUUGAGGUAGAUUGGACAGAAAACAGCAUUAGUUUCGCUUUUUGCUAAUUUGGCAAAUGAUAAAAUCUUUCGUCUUGAGCAGUUGCACUGAGAUAUUGGUGUAAUCCUUAGUCAUGUGGCCUUAAAAAAAUAAUUGGAGAAAGCAAUGGAGAACCAAUGUAAUAUAUUUGUGCUGUAAUAUAUAUUAAUAAAAGAUAGAGGUGAUAAGAUAUCUUCAAAGACAUGGGAGUAUGGUAGACACUGUUCAUUCUCUAUACAUGUCAAAGAUGUCUUUUAACACAAUUGUCCAUUUUAAGGAAGAAAAGAAACUUUAGAAAUCUGUUGUUGGAGCUGGAAAAAUGAAGCAUGUUAAGCCAAGUUACUAAUUAUAUGUUAUGUAAAAUAAUUUUAAUGUGUUUAUAAAACUUAAGCUGACAGUUUUAACAGGUGUUUGUUGAUUGCGCUUAUUUCAAAAUCUUGACCUGGGUUGGAACAAGUUUGAAUGUUUUACUGAGUGCAACUUAUUUCAUGACAGUUUUGAUUUGGGGCUGGGAGUUUUUUUUUCCAGAAAAGAUUAGGCCGGUAUAUUUUACAAUAUUUUUUUCUGUUGUUUUUUGCUUAAUAUUGACAACUUUUGUCAGAAGUAAAAACGGAGUGGAGUGAAGAUGAAUAAAAAUUUUAAAAAUUUGUUGCUGGAGUCUUGUGCUGUGGAUUGUUGAGGAGGUACUAUUUUGCUGUUUGCUAGCUAAAAUACAUGCUUACCUUUUUUCUAAACAUUGUAUUGCAUCAUAAGCAGAGUAAUUCUUUGCAAAAGCUGAACAUUUUCUUUACUUUGUUGUGAAAAUUAAAAAGCUAAGUAGUUAUUAAAAACAAGUACAAUCACUACAAGAAAGCCAUGUAUUUUCAUGGCAUCUUUUAUGUGGAGGGGCUCAGUGAAUUUCUACCAGUAAAAUGCCUUACAAUUCUUUGUAUUGAUCAGCUUUUUUUUUUUGUAAUCCUAUUUUAGUUCCUUAUAUUAAAUUUAUGCUGUGUCCAUUCUCAUUCCAGACAUCUCUCAAAGCUGUCAGCUUGGUCAAGCAUGCUGAUGGAGACGUAAUUAUACAAAUAGGGAGCUAAUAG